CCAUGUGCCAACAGCCACUGAGGUGGGCAGCGGGGCUUUGUCCGGCUCCCAGUCUCUGCCAGGAGAAGUUUCUCCCCAAGACCCCUACUGGCAUGACUAAGGUCAUAGGGCAAACAGCCCCUGGAGAUCACCACUGAGGGGACUUCACAGGUCUCUGGGGACCCGUAAUUUCAGUCCCUCUGAGUACUUCCCCGCCUUUGGAUCCUCCCGUCUGGGGAAGCAGGACUUCUUCUUUUAGGGGGAUGAAUAUUAGGCUCGGUGGUGACUCAGAGAUGUCUGAACCAGUGGGUGGAGAAGUGUUUAAAUAUCAGGCCUCCUUGUCCUCUGGUCAUUAGACACCUGUCAAGGAUAGAUUCAGCAUGGCCAGCCUGCGGACUCUGCUCCUCGUAACUCUCGUUCUUCUCGCUGUGGUCAUUCAGACGCCUGAUGCAGCUCCCUUCGGUACCAACAUGGAAGACAGCAUCUGCUGCCAGGACUACAUGCGUCACCCCCUGCCAGCACGUGUAGUGAAGGAGUACUUCUGGACCUCCAAGUCCUGCCGCAAGCCUGGCGUUGUUUUGAUAACCUUCAAGAACCGGGACAUCUGUGCUGAUCCCAGGAUGCACUGGGUGAAGAGACUUCUCCAUAAGCUGGCCUAG